GGAUAGGUCGUGUUUUGUUCAUAAACCGGUCAUACAGGACACUGCGUGGGAGGAGCUUGGCGAGCAGGAAUUGGCGGAGAGGAGCGGGGUAUACUCCAUUAUUAUGAAGGUCCGACCAAGCCCGGGUGGUGGUGAUUCUAGUGGCAAAUGUUUUUGCCUCAUAUCCGUGGAACCAGCAACAUUUCCCGGCGAAGAGGUAAGAGCGGAAAAAGCACGAACGACGUCAGUUGUUGUAGGAACAGCACCAGAUGUACGAACAGGAGCGAUGUGGCAAAAGAGUACCAGCAUCAGCAGGAGAAAGACAAACGGAAGGUGCACCAAACAGGAUCUGCAUCACGUUCGUCAGACAGGCGGCAGGAGAAUAAGAGUAGGAUCAGUAUCAACAGUAACAGCAGGAUUAGCAGGAAAGACAGCAUCAGGAAUCGAUGGAAACAAUAUAAGCAGGAGAAGAAACAGAAGCAGAUUCAGUGUUUGAUCAUUGUAGUGCACCAACACCCAUUUGUCUGUGAAGACGUAAAGCGUCCAGUUAUGUUGAAAAUUCUAUUGCCUUCUGUAGAGUUGGGAGUAGAUCAAUGUAACCACUGUUGUUCCUCAUGAGGGGACUAGAAAUAAAACUUAAUCAGUCCAAUGGAAUAAAUGAUAGAUAUAUUUCUGAAAUGUAUCGAUUAUCAGCAUGAUUUAGCGUCUGUGAUGUAAUAAUAUUGAAUGAAAAGGAAAUAUGACAGAAGUGAGGUAAACAAAAGUAACUUCGCCUGCCCAAAAAAAGUAACUAGAAAUAACGGGUCUUGAACCAAGGCCAUAAUUAAAUCGACAGCGCGACGUAAUUUCCUGUUUGUCAGCCCAGAAUAAUUUACAUUCCAGGAUAUCUGCGAUUGUAUCUGCAGU